AUGAGAAAUAGUAAAGACGCCAUAGAAACAUUAAUUUCACAUGGUGCCGAAAUUGAUUCUAAAGAUAAUUAUGGAAAAACUGCUCUUCGAAAUGCAGCAGAGAAAAACAGUAAAGAAGCUUUAGAAAUAUUAAUUUCACAUGGUGCAGAGAUUGAUGUUAAAGAUAAUAAUGGAAAAACUGCUCUUCAAUAUGCAGCAGAGGAAAACAGUAAAGAAGCUUUAGAAAUUCUACUUUCACAUGGUGCAAAUAUUAACGAAAAAGAUAAUAAAGGAUGGACUGCUUUAGAUUAUGCGACAAAAAAUAACUCUGAAGAAGUCCAAAAGAUUCUUAUUUCAUAUGUCGCAAAUAUUGGUCAAAAAUGA